AAGUAUUUAUGACGUGUGUUUACGGGAGUUUCUUGGGGUGGGGAAGGAAGGAGGAUUCUGCCGUCAUCAUUCCGAUAAACAAAAGAAUGCGUUCUGAGUCGCCGUCAGCCAAAAAGAAAUCGUUCCCUUUGCCGGAUUAACAGGGGGACUCACUUUUACUUUCUCUCGUGGGAGGUGAACCCGAAGAGGUGGUCAGGCGCCCCAUUCGUACGCUCCAUCUUCUGCGGGAAGGUGCUCUCUCUCUGGACUUCUGUUGGCGGAUUAACUCAAGGCAAGAUGGCACUCGCGCCUCGCCUCGUGCUGGCGGCGGUGCUGGUCUCCGUAACUCUCACCUCCGCCUCGCGACGAGGCUCCAUGGAAAACGAGAUUCCAAACGAUCGUGACGACCAAAUCUUAAUUCCAGAGCAUAAUGCUGUGGUUGACAAUGGUCUUCCGGGACUCCACUUUUACACGCACGAUAACGUGUCGGUAGUAAUGGACUGCAUCAUGGCUAUGAACGCAGCUUACAGGCACGAACUUCUCGCAUCAAAGUGGGAGAAGGUGCUUUAUACUUGCCAGACACGCGAUGGUUCCGCUCACUUUCGCUCUCGGAGAGCAGCGCCAGAUCCAAAUGUGUAUGGGACGGUUGAAGCUGCCCCUGAAGCUCUUGGAGCGAACGUUUGGGAGUCGAGAAAGUUCCCAACAGAAGGAGGUGAAGCAGCUGAAGAGGAGCUGAGCCAUCCCACACUCGACACACUCGGGAUUCGUCUGCGGAGAUCCAGAUACGACAGCGGUUCCGGCCGGCGCAGGCCCGAUCCUUCACACACCAGCCCUCAGGAGCACAGGUCACUCCUUACCAGGAUACAGCCUCGUCUUCCGUCUGAGGAAAGGAGAGGGCAGAGAAAGGGAGAUGAAACCAACCUUGAACCGCCUGUGACCCAAGGGAGGGAUAAUUAUGACACCUUGCCCGGCGUUGAGGCACAAGAACGGGACUAUAAAGCCCCCUCCCAUGGUUACAAAGGGCAGUCCCAUGAUCACAAGGGACCUUCGCAUGGUUACGACCACAAGGCUCCAAGUUACAAACCAAUACCUUACAAAGGUCCCUCAUAUGGUCCAUACGAUUUCCAGCCCAAAGGAAAAGCCACGUUUAGCAAAAAGGGCAAAUAUGGAGACGACCCGGUUGCUGAAUCGCAAAAAUCGAAGUACAAUCGACCUUACUACGACGAGCCUCAGUCUUACUUUGGGGGUUUCGGAGGUGGAGGGACUAGCGGUUACAAGGGUCACGGGGGAGGAGGAGGAGGUUAUGGCAAAGGUCAUGGAGGAGGAGGAGGAGGUUAUGGCAAAGGUCAUGGAGGAGGAGGAGGAGGUUAUGGCAAAGGUCAUGGAGGAGGAGGAGGAGGAGGUUAUGGCAAAGGUCAUGGAGGAGGAGGAGGAGGAGGAUACGGCAAAGGUCAUGGAGGAGGAGGAGGUUAUGGCAAAGGUCAUGGAGGAGGAGGAGGAGGAGGAUACGGCAAAGGUCAUGGAGGAGGAGGAGGUUAUGGCAAAGGUCAUGGAGGAGGAGGAGGAGGAGGAUACGGCAAAGGUCAUGUAGGAGGAGGAGGAGGUUAUGGCAAAGGCCAUGGAGGGGACGGGUACGGCCACCAAUACAGUGUUCAGUAUCACGAAUCAGACUAUAAAGUCCCAAGUUACAAGGGUCAGGACACGAGCUACGGCUUUACCGAGGACUCUCCCACGUAUGAUUAUAGUGAACAAAGUUACGAAGCACCAGCGCCCUCUUACGAAGCCCCGGCGUCCUCUUACGAAGCCCCGGCGCCCUCUUACGAAGCCCCGGCGCCCUCUUACGAAGCCCCGGCGCCCUCUUACGAAGCCCCGGCGCCCUCUUACGAAGCCCCGGCGCCCUCUUACGAAGCCCCGGCUCCCUCUUACGAAGCCCCGGCUCCCUCUUACGAAGCCCCGGCUCCCUCUUACGAAGCCCCGGCGCCCUCUUACGAAGCCCCGGCGCCCUCUUACGAAGCCCCGACAUCGAAUUAUGACUCGCCAUAUACAAGCCACAAAGGGCCGUCCUCAGGUAUUUCAUAUGAAGUCCUGGAUGACCCAUAUAAUACCUACAACGCUCACGAUGAUGUUAGCCUAAAGAAGGUCGAGGAUUCCUACAGCCACCUCAGAACCGCCGACGGAGGGCGCCCGGCUUACAUAGGCGUAACCGAAAUGUUGUCCACGAAUCCGUACGAAUCGGUGGGCGAGGCCAGGACGGUGAUUACAACCAGGCAACCCAAGGGAGAGGGCGUGAGGGGAGAAGGGCCAAGGGGCACUGCCUUGCACAGUCAGCCCUCGAAUCCGUUUCCUUCGGCGUACCCAACGAACCUGAAGCCACAGAAUCUCAGGCCAUUCGACAACAUCUUUGGCAAUUUCGACGACGUUUUUGACGGCUCUUUCGCUGGUUCCACGUGAAUCUUCUCUCCUUCUGUCUCGAUCUUAGUCCGCUUCGUUCUUCGAAAUUGAAAGAAAAUCAUGUUUUUAAUCCUUUUUUACGAAUUCAUUUUUCACGAGUGGCUUGUUGCUAUACAUUUUUUUUCUGCAUUCACUUUUUUUUUUUUUUUUUUUUUUUACGGUCCACUUUAUAAGUUGAUUUCAGUUUUAGCAACAUUUUUCGUGUUUGUUUACCGAAAAUUAAUUCUAGUCUAUAUGUUGGCGUGACGGCUGGACCGCACCGGAGAAAGGGAACAUUUUAAAUCAUACUUUCAUUUUGCUUACCAUUGCCAUCGUUAUAAGGGCCCUCGUGUUGUUAAUAUUAUUGUUAUCAUUAAUAUUAUCGUUGUUGUUAUAGACAUAUAACUUAUAAUAUUACUGUUAUUAUUAUUAUCGCCAUUGUUAUUGUAAUAAUCAUUAUCGUAAAUACAAUCCCCAUGGAAAUGUGAGUUUGAUUAGAAUAAACAAACUUUAAAUACA